AUGAAACUUUCUGCUUCUAUAUACAACUCAGGUUAUCCUUUGUAUGGGGCUAAGUUUUUAAAUGAUAGAAUAUUAUUAGUUGCUGGUGGUGGUGGUGAAGGUAAUAAUGGUAUUCCAAACAAAAUCACGGCUUUAAGGAUUGAUUUCAGUAAGAAAAAAGUUAUCAAGAGAUUUAGAGAGAUUGUUUUAGAUCCAAACGAUGAUUCUCCAACUACAUUGGAUGCUGCUAAAAAUAUUAUUUUAGUUGGUUGUAAUGAAAACAGUGAAAAAAUUAAAAGUGGUUCAGGUAAUCAUCAUAUUAGAAAGUUUGAUUAUGAAAAUGAUCAUUUGAAAUUUGUUGCAGGUAUCGAUUUUGACGGUUCAAAAAAUCCAGAUGAUUAUACAAAGCUAGUUUAUAUGUCAAAAGAUGCUACUGUCGGUGCGAUUGCUUCAUCAGCAAUUCCUACUGUGAUUAGAAUCAUUGACCCAAAUGACUUAACUGAGAAAUAUGAAAUUGAUACAGGACAUGAUGUGAAAGAUAUGCAUUUCUCUCCAGAUGGCAAAGUUAUUUGUUAUAUUACACCAAACACUUUAGAAGUCAUUUCAAUCGUCACUGGUAGAUUUAUUAUCAGAAAGACCGAUUUUGACAAGAGUUGGAUUUUGUCGAAAAUUAGAUUCAUCAAUGACGAUACAGUCCUUGUCGCAGCUGUUUUAAAGAACAAUAAGCAAAACGGAAUUGUAAUGACCACAAUCAGUUUGAAAAGUGGUAAUGCAACUGUCUUGAAAUCAAAAUUAGUUACAAAACAAUUCAAAGGUAUUACCUCAAUGGAUAUUGAUCCGUCGGGUGAAUGUGCUGCUAUUGCCAGUAAUGAUAACUCUAUAGCUUUGGUAAUCUUGAAAGAUUUAUCAGUUGGGAAAGUAUUCUAUCAAAUUCAUACUUUCGCAAUUACAAAAGUAGCAUUUUCCCCAGAUUCUAAAUAUGUUGCAAGUGUUUCCGCAGCUAAUACUGUCCAUGUCAUUGAAGUUCCAAAAGAUUUCUCUAAAUCAACUUCGAUCAUUCAUAAAUUAUGGAAAUUUUUCAAGAAUGUCUUGUUGAUCGUCAUAUUGGCUUAUCUUGCCCAACUGGCUUAUGUAAAUAACUACAAUAUCAAGGCUUUGGAUUACAUGAAGAUAAAGUAUUUGCACAAGUAUGUCGAUAAAUCCACAAUUGAUAAAUAUGUGAACAGAGAUGUCAUUCAUAAAUAUUUAGACGAGCAAAAAAUUGAACAAUACAAAGGUUCCGCAAAGAGUAUAUAUAACGAACUAUUGAAGAAAACUACUCUGGUACACCACUGCACUGACAAUUACUACUACGGUCAGCUGCAGAGCAAAAUUAAUGAUUACUUGCAAAAGUCUGCAUCUGAAGAUAUUCCAACCACAAUUGGAGAAGCUUUAACAACAGGUGCUUAUACCUCCACAUUUAAACCAGAAAUUGCUUCUCCUUCUGAAGAUGCUCCAUCUACUACCGCUUCCUCCAAAACUUCAGAUCAUGAAGAAGGUGGUCAUUGGGACGAUUUUGAAAAGACUGCAUUCAACUUAGAAGAUCUUGCUUACUUGGAAAGUCAACCUGAAAUCCCAGAACCAUCAUCCGUUCAAGAGGAGGAGGAUACAAUUAAUAAGUAUAAUAACAUACCACAAUCCGUUCUAUCGUCAAUUGUUUCUCAAGAGCCAAGUAACCAAUCUAUACAAAAUGAACAAAACAUUGGAGAGCAAGUUCAAGAUCCGCAACAACAACAACAACAAGAAAGCAUGGAGGAAACAACAGUUGUAGAAACAAUUGUUGAAGAACCAAAGGUCGAGGAACCAAUUGUUGAAGAACCAGUUGUUGAAGAACUAAAGGUCGACGCACCAAUUGUUGAAGAACCAGUUGUUGAAGAGCCAGUUGUCGAAGAACCAGUUGUCGACGCACCAAUUGUUGAAGAACCAGUUGUUGAAGAGCCACAGGUCGAAAAACCAGUUGUCGACGCACCAAUUGUUGAAGAACCAGUUGUUGAAGAGCCAGUUGUCGAAGAACCAGUUGUCGACGCACCAAUUGUUGAAGAACCAGUUGUUGAAGAGCCACAGGUCGAAGAACCAGUUGUCGACGCACCAAUUGUUGAAGAACCAGUUGUUGAAGAGCCACAGGUCGACGAACCAAAGCUCGAGAAACCAAAGCUCGAAGAGCCAAAGCUCGAGGAACCAAAGGUUGAAGAGCCAAAGGUUGAAGAGCCACUGGUUAAAGAACCAAAGGUCGAGGAACCAAAGGUCGAAGCACCAAUUGCUGAAGAAGCAAAGGUCAAAGAACCAAAGGUUGAAGAGCCAAAGGUCAAAGAACCAGUAGUUGAAGAACCAGUUGUUGAAGAGCCAGUUGUCGAAGAACCAGUUGUCGACGCACCAAUUGUUGAAGAACCAGUUGUCGAAGAGCCAGUUGUCGAAGAACCAGUUGUCGACGCACCAAUUGUUGAAGAACCAGUUGUUGAAGAACCAAAGGUCGAAAAACCAGUUGUUGAAGAGCCACAGGUCGACGAACCAAAGCUCGAAGAGCCAAAGCUCGAAGCACCAAUUGCUGAAGAGCCAAAGGUUGAAGAACCAAAGGUCAAAGAACCAAAGGUUGAGAGGGGAAAUACUAAUCAACAAGAGACACAAACUCAAGAACAACUACAGCAUGAUGAAUUAUAG